CUGCUUCUCCAUCCUCUCUCCCCCCCCGGCCCUUCCGUCUCUCUUUCUCUCGCGAAUUUCUCGUUAGUUACAAGUCUGUGAGAGUUCAUUCCUUAGGGUUUUGCUUCACAGCCUAUAAAUCACAUUAUCUCUGCGGCUGCUAGGGUUUCCUCUGCCCGUUGAAGAAAAUGGCUGGAAAAACUGUCCUCUCGGACGACGAAGAGGAGGUGGAAUUUGGGGAAGAGGAGAGGGAGCCUGCUGAUGCGGACCCGGUCGACGAGGAGGAGGAGGAUGAAGAAGACGAGGAAGGGCAAGAUGAGUAUGAGAAAGAUGGGUUUAUUGUUGAUGAAGUUGAUGAAGAAGAACAAGAUGAGGAAGAAGAAGAGAGAGUAGACAGUGAUGAGGAGAGGCAAAGGAGGAAGAAAAAGAAGCGGAGAGAAUCAGAGAAAAAUUAUGUCCUCGAUGAAGAUGAUUAUGAACUUCUUGAGGAUAACAUAUCUGGUUUUCAUCGUCCAAGACUUGAGAGCAAAAAGUUCAAGCGGCUGAAGAAAGCUCGGAGAGAUACGGAGGAGGAGCCUUCCGGGUUUUCUGAUGAUGAGGAGUUUGAUGGAAGUAGAAAGAGUGGACGGACAGCUGAGGAGAAGCUCAAAAGGAGCUUAUUUGGGGAUGAUGAGGGACCACCGCUUGAAGAUAUUGCAGAAGAAGAGGAACAUCCAGAGGAAGAAGAGGAUGGUGAUAUUGGUGAAGAGGAUGAAAUGGCUGAUUUUAUUGUGGAUGAAGAAGAAGUUGAUGAACACGGGGCUCCAGUGAGACGGAGGAAGCCAAACAAGAAGAAGUCUAGGCAGGCACCUGGAGUUUCCUCAUUGGCACUACAGGAAGCUCAUGACAUAUUUGGUGAUGUUGAUGAACUCUUGAGGCUCCGCAAGCAAGGAUUAGCAAAAAUGGGCAAGUAUGAUGAAUCUAGUGAAUGGAGAGACAGGAGGCUUGAGGAUGAAUUUGAACCAAUUGUUCUUUCUGAGAAGUAUAUGACAGAGAAUGAUGAUCGGAUUAGGGAAAUAGACAUACCAGAAAGAAUGCAGAUAUCUGAGGAAAGCACUGGUCCUCCUCCAACAGACGGGAUGAGCAUAGAGGAGGAGAGUAACUGGAUUUAUAAUCAGCUUGUGACUGGUGUUACUUCUCUGUUUAGCAAAGACAGCAACUACUCAAGGGGAGCGUGAGAUGUUAAUAAACAAGGAUGACAUUAUGAGGUUUCUGGAGUUCAUGCAUAUUCAUAAGUUAGAUGUAAGUAUUGUAUAUUCAAUA